GGGCGGGUUGCGACUUCGGAAUCUCAGCGAACCCCAGUCGGCGCCGCAUCUCCGUCUCGCCGCCAUGGCCGCCUACAAGCUGGUGCUGAUCCGGCACGGCGAGAGCGCCUGGAACCUGGAGAACCGCUUCAGCGGCUGGUAUGAUGCCGACCUGAGCCCGGCGGGCCACGAGGAGGCGAAGCGCGGCGGGCAGGCCCUGCGAGACGCUGGCUAUGAGUUUGACAUCUGCUUCACCUCGGUGCAGAAAAGAGCCAUCCGGACCCUCUGGACAGUGCUGGAUGCCAUUGACCAGAUGUGGCUGCCGGUCGUGAGGACUUGGCGCCUCAACGAGCGGCACUACGGGGGUCUGACCGGCCUCAAUAAGGCAGAGACUGCUGCCAAGCAUGGUGAGGCCCAGGUGAAGAUCUGGCGGCGAUCCUAUGACGUCCCCCCGCCCCCCAUGGAGCCUGACCACCCCUUCUACAGCAACAUCAGUAAGGAUCGCAGGUAUGCGGACCUCACUGAGGAUCAGCUGCCUUCCUGUGAGAGCCUGAAGGACACUAUAGCCAGAGCCCUGCCCUUCUGGAAUGAAGAGAUUGUGCCCCAGAUCAAGGAGGGCAAACGGGUACUGAUCGCGGCCCACGGCAACAGCCUUCGGGGCAUUGUCAAGCAUCUGGAGGGUCUCUCUGAAGAGGCCAUCAUGGAGCUGAACCUGCCGACUGGUAUCCCCAUUGUCUAUGAACUGGACAAGAACUUGAAGCCCAUCAAGCCCAUGCAGUUCCUGGGGGAUGAAGAGACCGUGCGCAAAGCCAUGGAAGCUGUGGCUGCCCAGGGCAAGGCCAAGAAGUGAAGGCAAGCAGGCGGACCACAACCCCCAGGACCACCCUCCCUGCCUGCCCAUCCCUCUGCACCUGUCCCCUGCACAUGUCACACUGACCACCUCUGUAGACACCUUAGGUUGUAGCUGCAGGGGGGGACUGGUGGCUCCUGCUUUUCUUUUAGCUAUUUUGUCUCUUGCACCACUCUCUUCACACAAUCUAGUCAGGACAGCACCCCUGGGGUACGGGCUGUCAGUCCAAGCAGAGGAAAGGGUCCUCUCUCCAACAGAGAGGUUAAAACGCCCAUGUCUGAUAGUGCUCUAUUCAUUAUUUGCCUGCUGGAGUAGGGAGAGGGAGGAGCCAUGAGCCAUGCUAAACCUGACCAAUGAGGAGAGGCAGGAGAGUCUGCCGUGUUCCCGGGAGCCAGACCUGUGGCUUCCACAGUCAGGUCACUGCCCCCGGGGCUCCAGUCAUUCCAGUGGAGGUGAAUGUAACUGCAUGGGGAUUUAAAAACACCACCGCCACUGCCUCCCUCACCCCAGAGGAGCUGGCUCCAGAGGCUGGGAUCAAGCCCGAAGUAACUUUGGGAUGCAUUUACUUUUACAAAAGUGUGUGUGUGUGUGUGUGUGUGAGUGAGAAACUGAUACUAAACAAAAGCCCUUCUGGGUUCCUAGUGGCGGUUCAGAUAGUCCCCAGUGUGGUCACCAGAGAAUCAGCCAUUCCUCACACAGUAUGGGAUGAGCCUGGCCUCUAAGGGGUGGGAGCGCCCCCUGCUGCGUCUUAGGAUCCCUCCCCUGCCUGUUUUGUGGCAGUGAGAUGCCUCUUGAUCACGUCCAAGUGUGACUUUCGCUGUCUGGUUCUGAAUCGUGUUUUCCAGUUGCUUGGCCCUGCCACGUGUGCCCAGUCCUCAUUCUGAGCAUAACUGUACUGAAUCCUUUUUCCAGGUCAGAGUAAUAAAGGAGUGAUGUGCAAUA